AUGACCCGCCGGCUCGACGGUACCAUGCCUUUCCCGCCCACGCCGCCGCGGGCGGCCGCCCGGAGCCCAGGAGUCCCCGCCGCGCGAGCCCCGCCCCGGAGGUCCGGCGCCCCCCGGAGGGCCGCGGCGCCCACCUGCGCCCCGCCUGCGCCCUCACCGCCCGCCGCCGCCGCGGAGAAGAGGAGGCCCUCAGAGCGGCCCGAGGGGCUGCUGUCCGGCUCCUGGCCCUCGACCACCCUGAAGAGGCCGCCGGCCCGGCGCGCCCCCCGGCCCAGCCCCUCCGCGCGCCCCCGGCCCGGCCCGCCCGCUCCGGCCCCCAGCUACGCGGGGGCCGCCGGGCCCGACGCCGCCGUGCGCUUCUCGCUGAGCCUGACCCCCGAGGCCGUCCUGCUCCUCCAGAGGCGCCACCUGGAGAAGCAGCUUCUGGUGCGGCCCUGCCGGCCGCCACCCUCGCCCUCGGCCGACGCCAGGCGCCUGCUCGGGCCCUGCCCCUGCGCCCGGCCCGCGGGCCCCGGCCGCCGCCCGCCGCCCCCCGGCCCCCUGCAGGCCCCCGCCCCGCGCCCCGCGCUGCCGGUGUCGCUGCUCAACGAGAGGCACAAGUAUGACGACGUGGAAUACGAGGAGGAGCCCCCGGUGGCGGACGAGGGCCUGGUCCGCAAGUGCACGGAGUGGCUGCGCGGCGUGGAGAAGGCGGCCGCCGCGCGCGACCACGCGGGGCCCCUGGACACUCUGCCGCACCUGAGCACGCUGUGAGCCGGCCUGCCCGCUGGCCCCCCGCACCCACGCCCGCGGCCACCGCCGGGGCCCCCCCGCACGCCCUGGGGGCUCCCCGGCACCCGCCGCCACCUUCCUGGCGCCCGCGAGCAGGACCGGCCCCCCCGCUGCCCCGCGCUGGCUUCGUGGACCCGCCGCUCCACCUGGCGGCCUCAUCUGCCUUGCACCGCACCCCUCCUGGGCUCCUGGGAGCCUGAAGGGCCGGCGUGAGGCACAGGCUCGCCGGCCGCCGCCACCCCGGCCCGCCUCCUGUCCGGGCUCUCCCCACUCUCGGCCCGGACAGCCCCCCUUUCCCUCUCCCACACCCGUGGACUCUACCCCACGAGCUUGCCUCCCGCAGCAUUCUGGCCUCCUCGCUCCCGCACAUGCCCUUGGGGCUCAGCUGGUCGGGGAGUAAGCCACGGUGAAAAUGCCUCGGGUCGCCCACCCCCUAAGAUUCUUGUAUGUCCCAGAGACCCUCUGGCUGGGCCAGUGGUCUGUCACUUUCUCGGGUGCCCGGGUCCAAGGAGAGGUGUCGGCUGGCAGGAGCGCAUUCACGAGGGUGGCUGUCUGUCGCAGAACUGGGCGUGGGGCUGCAUUUAUGAUUUUGUUUCUCCAAAAUAGAAAACAUGUCGGGGAUGGGAAAGCUUGGAAACUCAAGUUAGCCUAACUUUUCCAACUCGUGAGGGGAAGGGUAGGAACCCCAGCAGUGACUCCACCGGGUGAGUGAGGCUGGAUUGGGAGGGGCUCUGUCCACACCCGAGGCCGCGUCCAGGCCCCGGUCCUGCCCGCGGUGCAAGCCUGCACACUCUUGCCCCACGCGUUCACCACGCACGCUCACUCACUCACACCCAUAGCGCUCACUUCGUGAACACUUACACUGUCGCUCACAACACUCACUGCUCCACACACUGACAUACCACACACUGUCACACUCACAUGGCCUCACACUCGGUGCUCUCACACUCAGUGCUCACACACACGCACACACACCUGUCUCUCACAACAGCACACAGCUGUGGGGGUGGUUUUAAAAGGCUGGGUGGAGAUGUGAACAGGAGUGAGUCUCAGCUUCUGCUAAAACUCAUUGUUUUUAUUUGAAGUGCUGCUCACAGAAAGAAAGAAAGAAAGAAAGAAAGAAAGAAA